UAUCACGCUAUGUCAGCUGCCUGUUAUGAGAUUGUGUGGUUGCGAAGAUUUCUAGUAGAAUUGGUGUUUCCCAAUCAACAACUACGCCAUCCAUGGUGACAACACUAGUAUUGUACGGAUUGCAGCUAAUCCCUAUGUAUCAUGAAUGCACCAAGCACAUUGAAGUUGACUAUCAUUCUAUACGGGACAGCUACGAUUUCAAGAUUAUCUUUCUUCCUUAUGUUUCCACUACUAACCAGCUCAUAGAUAUCUUCACUCGUCAUAAUUUUCUCGUCAGCAGAUUGAUACUUGUAGACUCACUAACAUCAACUUGAGGGGGGUAUUUGAGGCUUAUAUUCAGCACGCUUAUUUCCAGCAAUUUAAUUAUUAAGUUUUCUUGUAUAGCAUAUUUACAUGGCAUCGGAUUUGGGAUUGCUUUCCAUGUAUAGUUUGUAAUACCUUAUAAAUGUAACAAAAUACAUAACAAAGAAUUCAUUCAGCAAAAUUUGUUUUGGCAAAGGUAACUCGAUGGGUUAUUCAGUCGUUGGAGAAGUCAAUGAGCCAGAUGCUUAUGUUGCUCCAACACACAACUAAUACAACACCAGGAAGCCCUCCUAGACUGUAUGGCGGUGCAUCUCAUCUAUAGCCAUCUUUUGUGCAUUGAUGUUCCUGUCACUGCUUCUGGAAGAAUUGAGAAAACACUUAAAGAAGAUUGAAGAUAGGCUAUGGAGGCAAUUUAUGAAAAGUUGAUGAAGUGUGAUCUUACUAUGGGAGGAUAGAGCAACAAGUGGGGGAAGUAAGAUCACACCAUGAGAGAAUAGAGCAGAUUGGCAAUAUCCUGGAUAUGUGGUUCACGUGGGACUUCAGCUCAAGAGGAGUUUCAGGGACAUUAUUUUGAGAGGGAUAUGACCCACACAUGGAGGAGGAUCAGCCUCGUGAAGAGGGAGGUCAGACUCAUGAGGAUGAGACUCACGAGCAGUUUAACCCACAUGUGGAGGAGGUUCAGCCUUAUGAAGGGGAGUUCAGACUCAAAAGGAUAGGUUCAAAUGUGCAAGUUAGACAUUCCAAUACUUGUGGGAGAGGUUCUUCAAACUCGUGGAUGAGUUUCAGAUUCUCGAAUAGGUGGUUCAACCAAUUGUGGAGAAGGUUUUGCCUCAUGAAGCAUGCCCUUUUUGUUGUACUUCCCUUGCCAGUUGUUCAGGUUGAUGAUUAUGAUGAAGUGCCUCAUGAAUUCCAAAGCAUACACAAGGAAUGUGAUCCAAAAAAAUGGCAGAUCAGCAUCAUGUCUGAUGAUUUUCUCACCUACUCAUGACAUGAGCCUAUUUGGAUAGUUUCAACCAGCUAUCAAUCAGUGCAAGACAUUCUUAUUACGCACAAAUCAAGAUCAAGAACAACGUUUGAUUGUUCCAUAAAGAGAUUGGGUUGGAAAUUCCAGGGAAGCUUAUACAGGUUGAGCUUAAUUUAUUUCGAGAUAUUUUUCUACUGGAUUAUUGUAUUUAGUGUCUAUGAUAAGUGUAAAUUAUUUUUGCAAAUAAGUUGGAUCGUUGUUUUUUGCUUUCUGAGAGAUUAUUAAUUCAGGUAUUGUUUCUGUUUCAAUAUCCAUUUAUUUGUUUACUAAAGAGGAUUUUCUUUCU